AUGCCAAAACCAUUAUGCGUGGCUCUGAUUCGACAAGCUGGCUCUUGUUUCUUCGAUCAACAGUCCCAUCCCGCCGUUUCCAUCACACCCAGACGUGCCAGACCGGCAACGACCGGCUGGAAGGGUGUAAGGGACCACGGAACGCUCCACUGGGCAAAGCGAAUAAGCAUCGCUCGGACAAAGUCUGUUUUCCUCAUUGUUGCUUUGAUGACUCGCGAAGGGUUGUUGUCUACCCGCCGAAAGCGAACGGACAUUCACCCGUGCUCGCCCAAGGUUUUCCCCUCCGUCGUGGAUGAGAAACAGGAGCAACUCAACUCAACGGCACGAACGGGCAGAGACAAAGUCAACGUUCCAUCGGUUGAUGUCGCUCGAUGGCAGAAGAGCAGCGUCGGUCCUAUCACGGUGAUGAAGUUACGAUCAUCACGCUUUAAUGCUGUCCGCAAUGUGAAGUCACACUUGGGCAGAGAUCCCAUUCGAGGACGCCUGUGA